AUGCUUCUAAAGGGGAAGCUUCUGCGAGGGUUCCCAGAAUGGAGCUGGGAGGAGAGGGGGGAUCAGUGGUGGAAGAAGGGACUUCGCACCAGCACCAGCACCAGCAUCAGCAUCAGUAUCCCCAUACCCAUCAAGAUCACUGUCAUCAUCAUCACCAUCAUCAUUCGAACAAAAAUCGUCACCAUCACCAUAACCAUCAUCACCAUCACCAUCACCAUCACCACCACCAUCUCCACCAUAACUCCCACCAUCACCAUCACCCCCACCCCCAUCACCAUCACCACCCCCAUCAUCAACACCACCACCACCAUAACUCCCACCAUCACCCCCAUCAUCACCACCCCCAUCAUCAUCAUCAUCCCCAAGGAGAGGGCCAAACUCAGCAGCCCCUGCAGGCAAAUCAACACUCACACACCCCCUCCCCCGCAUCCAUCUCCCCACCCUCACCUUUCCCUCUCUCCUCUCUAUUCUCUUCGUCCCUCUCCUCGUCCUUGCCCCCUCUCUCCUCCCCACCCUCUCGUACAGUCACAUUCGUUUGAUGCUUAG